UUAUGAAAAAUAUACAUCAAUCAAUAUGAAAAAGUUUAUAUAAGUACUAUAAUUGAUUAAAGAUAUACUUCUUUCAUUUUUAUUUAGUUGUCACGUUCAAUUUAGGCACACAUAUUUAGAAGAGGAGAGAGAGUGACAGCGAAUGAUAAAACAAGUGGAGUAACUAGUUAAUGUAAAGUACAAAACUCACCCAAAAAGGAAACGUGUCAACUGAGAAAAAAACUUUCUUUUUUACAAAAACUAAAAAAAACUUUUUAAAAAGAAAUACCUGUUAAAAAAAAAAGAAAAGCUGGAGGUAAGUAAUUAGGUAAAGAUGACAUAAAAUUAAAAAUUAGUGGAAAAGCACAAAUACUCGUGGAAAGCACGUUGGUUAUAAAACACAUUACGUGUGUCCCUCAACCCUUCCAUUUCCCGCGAAAAUCUCUCUCUUCUAACGGUCUCUCUCUUUCUUUCUCUCUCCUCUGUCUCAGUCCACUCAAACCAGAAAUUCCAUACAAUGUCGAUCAUAUCACAAAACACCCCUUUUUCCCCUCGUUGUCUUUACCCUUAUCCUUCCUAAAAUUUCGUCACCGUUAAUUAUGACCGGUUCUCCGCCUUCCACCACCGCUUCCACGCCGUCUACGACGACGAAAAUGACGAAAACAAAACUCAAGAAAUUCCCUCAAAUUCAUGUUCCAGAAAACCCGAUUAGGGUUUCUGAUGACGGUGAUGAAUUUGAUUUUCAUAAUAAUAAUUAUAAAAAUGGCGAGGAUGGAGAUGAUGAGGCGUCUCCGAUUGCGCCGUCUAUGCUUGGGUUGAAUUGUAUUCGUACUCGAUCAAUUCCUCCUCUCAUAAUUCCGUCGUUAGCUGGUUCUCCUCUUGCUAAUAAUAGUAGUAAGUCGGGUUCCGAAGAUGUUGUUAAGGAUGAAGGUAGUAAAUGUGGGAGUGGGGAGAGAAGAGAGAAUGCUGCUACCAGGAAGAAGUUUGUUGUUCCUGAUAUUAAUUCCCUUUCUUCCGCUGAAUUUCUAGGCAAAAAGGUUACUUGGAGUCAGUCGAAGUCACUUAAGUUUUCAUCACCCACAAAUGCUGGUCUUGAGGGAAAUGCAUCACUGAUAAAGGAGAUGCAGUCUCCACGUUUCCAGGCGGUUUUGCGUGUUACAAGUGGUCGUAAAAAGAAAACACCAGAUGUAAAAAGCUUUUCUCAUGAGCUUAACUCUAAGGGAGUUCGUCCUUAUCCCUUUUUGAAGUCCCGAGCAUUUGGUCAUAUGGAGGAGGUUAUGGUAAUGAUCAGGGAAAAAUUUGAUAAUCUGAAGGAGGAGGUCAAUGUUGACUUGGGGAUCUUUGCUGCGGAUUUAGUUUGUAUACUUGAGAAAAGCACAGAGUGUGAAUCAAAUUCGAGGGAGGGAUUGGAGGAUCUAUUACUUAUAUCUCGUCAGUGUGCAACUAUGUCUUCAGAGGAAUUUUGGUUUAAGUGCGAGAUCAUUGUUCAGGAUCUGGAUGAUCGCAGACAAGAACUACCAAUGGGUACGCUUAAGCGUGCUCAUUCUCGCCUUCUCUUUAUCUUGACUCGUUGCACUCGACUUGUUCAAUUUCAGAAGGAGAGUGGCUAUGUAGAAGAGCACAUUUUGAAUCUUCACAAGCUGAGUGAUCUUGGAGUCUAUCCAGAGAAAAUCCCUGGGUUAGAAAGUAUUGACUCUGACAAUACACUUGCUGAGAAGGAUAGAAGUGAGAAGCUGCGGAAGAAAUCAGAUAGACAGCAACCCAGUCUGACAUUGAAACAUGAUCAUCUAUACAUUAGUGGUGCUGAUGGGGCUGAGGUUGGCACGGCCAGAAGUCAAGAUUCAACGACAAGUAGCUAUAGAAUGUCUUCUUGGAAGAAGUUUCCAUCUGCUGCUGAAAAAAACAGGAGAGAUCCUGAUGCUGUAAACACACCAUCUAAGGACCAGUCAGGUGCCUUUCACAUUAAAGAUGAACCAAUAGGAACUCCUGGAUCUUGUCCAGGAAACACAGAUACAUCUGUGGGAGGAAAAGUUGUUUGGGGAGACCAACAACAGAUUACUUAUGAAAACUUUAUAGUCUGCCGCAUUUGUGAGGUUGAAAUACCAAUUGUGUUUGUGGAGGAGCACUCUAGAAUCUGUACAAUUGCUGAUAGAUGUGAUCUGAAAGGAUUAACUGUAAAUGAUCGGUUGGAGAGAGUUGCAGAAACUCUUGAGAAAAUAUUGGAAUCCUGGACGCCAAAAAGCACUAGCCCUGAUAUGACUAGAGUAUCCACCUCCAGUAUGCCAGAAGAGCUGGAUGGGUUGUCACCUAGGAAAAAUGACUUGUCCUACAAAUUAUCUGAUGAGAUGCUCGAUUGUAUUCCUGAAGCUGAAAAUUGUUUUGCCAUGUAUGAUCUGAACUUCUCUCCAGGCAUUUCAUGUGAGACUCAUUGCUCUCCUGACGUCAAUAAGAUGACUUCAUCAGCAGGAAGCUCGACACCAAGAUCACCAUUAACACCACGUACAAACCAGAUAGAAUUGCUACUGCACAAAAGGAAAUCAAUAUCUGAGCAUGAAAACAAUCAGCAGAUUAAGAAGCUACUGGAUAUUGCUCGUUCUAUUGCCAGGGUAAACAAACAUGAUUACAGCACAUUGGAGUAUAUGAUUGACUGUCUUGAAGACCUUAAGUAUUCCAUCCAGGAUAGAAAAGUUGAUGCUCUUGUUGUUGAGACGUUUGGAAGGCGCAUAGAGAAACUUCUGCAGGAGAAAUAUGUCCAACUAUAUGCCCAAAUAGAAGAUGAAAAAGUCCACUCAUCUCAAACAUUGGCCGAUGAAGAUAGUUCAGUGGAAGAUGAAGCCACACGAAGUUUACGAACAAGUCCAAUUAAUACAAGUACCAAGGACAGGACAUCAAUAGAAGAUUUCGAAAUAAUUAAACCAAUUAGCAGAGGAGCAUACGGACGGGUUUUCCUUGCUAGGAAAAGAGCAACUGGUGACUUAUUUGCUAUAAAAGUUUUGAAGAAAGCUGAUAUGAUCCGUAAGAAUGCAGUAGAAAGUAUAUUGGCUGAGCGGAAUAUUCUGAUAACGACACGAAAUCCUUUUGUGGUCAGGUUCUAUUACUCUUUCACUUGCAAAGAAAAUCUUUACCUGGUAAUGGAAUAUUUAAAUGGAGGUGACCUUUAUUCUUUGCUAAGAAAUCUUGGAUGCUUAGAUGAAGAUAUGGUUCGUGUUUAUAUUGCUGAAGUUGUUCUUGCAUUGGAGUACUUGCAUAAACUAAAUGUUAUCCAUAGAGAUCUGAAGCCUGACAACUUGUUGAUUGGCCCUGAUGGUCACAUUAAGUUGACAGAUUUUGGGCUUUCUAAAGUUGGCCUUAUCAACAGUACUGAUGACUUAUCAGGUCCAUCAGUUGGCAACUCUGGGUUUCUGGGUGAUGAGAAAGCUGGUUCUGCAUUUGAUCAAUCACCAAGAGAGCAACGUCAGAAACACUCUGUUGUUGGAACUCCUGAUUAUUUAGCACCAGAGAUACUUCUUGGAAUGGGACAUGGUGCAACUGCUGAUUGGUGGUCUGUAGGUGUUAUUCUCUUUGAGCUGCUAGUAGGAAUUCCUCCAUUCAAUGCAGAAAGCCCUCAGAGAAUUUUUGACAACAUUAUGAACCAUGAUAUCCCAUGGCCCAAGAUACACGAGGAAAUGAGUUAUGAAGCAUAUGACUUAAUUAACAAAUUAUUGAUAGAAAAUCCUGUUCAACGACUAGGAGCUACAGGGGCCAGAGAGGUGAAGUUACAUCCUUUCUUCAAGGAUGUUAACUGGGAUACCCUUGCGAGACAGAAGGCUAUGUUUGUACCUUCAACUGAAGGUGCUUUUGAUACUGGCUACUUUAUGAGCCGCUAUGUAUGGAAUCCGGAGGAAGACCAAGUAUUUGGAGCUAGUGACUUUGAUUACAUGUCUGAGAGUUGCAGUGAUACUUUUAGCAGUGGAACUUUUAGCAAUGCAGCUGAUGAAGAUAGAGAUGAAUGUGGUAAUUUGGCAGAUUUCGGAAAUAGGGACCUAACAGUGAAGUACUCCUUCAGCAACUUUUCCUUCAAGAACAUCUCGAAUCUGGCAUCUAUUAACUAUGAUCUGGUAGUGAAGAGCAUUAGGGAAGAACAAGAUCAAUCUGAGCCUUCCAUGCGAUGACAAACUUGAGAAACAUUAUACUAGCUACUUAUUGGAUUAACAGCUGAAACAUUUUUGUCACGGACUUCAUGUUAACACUCCUAACUCUCUGCUAAUACUCGAGGGGAAAAAAAAAAAGCUCUGUUCGAUUUCACGGUUCAGGAGAAGAGUCUCCAGCAAUUGAAGAUGCAAAGUGUCAAAUCUGCCUUGUCCAGGUCUAUAGGAGCUCUUUGUCCCUAAAAGCCUCCCUAGACUGAGAUAUUUGGUCCAUUCUGGAGGUUCUAUUGUUGUAGUUUCCUUGUAACAUUAAUCAGUUAUAGCAUAACAGGAAAUGGGAACUUUUUAGUGCUACAAAAUGUGGAUACUUUCUUAUCGGCCAAGUAAGGUUCUCCCUUGUAAAUAGAAUCCUG